AUGAGCGCUCCAACCACAUUUACAAAUCUAACUUUAGGAGGUUUCAUUAUUUUCUCAUUGUUUGGAAUUGCAGUAUCCACUAAGUAAGAAUUAAGCAUAUAAAGCUAAAUUCAUAUAACAAUAUUGAAGCUUCUUUUAGUAAUAGUGUUUGUAGUGAAAGCUUAUGAAGGAUUCUAUAAAAAAAAGAAUGAGAAACAAGUUAUUAUAAAGUCACCAUAUAAACAAAUAAAUUUUAAUGCUUUUGAGAGGAAUUAAGAAUUUAUUUAAUAGCCAGAAUAUAGAGGUAUAUUGUAUUAAUAUUAUGAUUAAGUUUAAUAAUCAGAAAUGAUUCAUACUCAAUCAGAAUCUGUUGAAAGACAAUUUCCAAAAGAAAAGGAAAGAAUAUUAAGUAAGGAAUAAAGAAAGAAUAAUAUGAAGAUGCGUAAUAUAUUUGAUCAUUAUACAAAUCAGAUUUUUUGCAAGAAUGUGAUAAUGGGGAAUGGCAAAUGCCAUACAAAAAUGGAUCAAAUAGACAAUUUUAUGCUGAUGAUACUAGAUCAUAAUAUAGUUUGGCUUAAACUAUGUCUUAUUAAUAAGUUCAAACAUUAGGAAAAAGUAGCAGCUAUAAUAAUAAAUAAUAAAGUGGUACUCCAGAUUAUGAAAUUCAAUAGAAAAUUAAACAUACAGAAGCAAUUUUAUAAAAAUUAAUUAAAAAAAUGAGUGAUGCUCAUUAAAAAGCAGAAGAAUUAUUUAUGAAAUCAUUUAUUCCAACAUUUGUUAAAGAAUUUUAAGAUCAUCUUGUAAAUGUGAAUAGAAUGAUGAAAGAGCAUUUUUAAUAAAAAAUAAUAGAAAUAGAUAUCUUUUUUGCAAAUAAACCUUAUGAUAUUAAUUCAAAUAAACAUGAGAAAUCUAUUGGAUUUAAAAGUGUCUCAAUGGAAGAUGUUUUCUUUCUUAAAAAUUAAAUUAAGAGUAGAUCUAGAGAACCAAUAAGAGCACCAACAAAUGUUGAUAAAUUUACAAAAGAAAAAGCAGAAUUUAUAAAGGAAUGUGAUCUUUUGGAAUUAUUUUGUAAUAUUUUAGAUGUAACAUUAAUUAACAGAAAAAUAAUUAAUGAUAAAAAACUAUUCUUAACUAAAUUAAUUGAUUUUUCAGAAAAUAAUUGUAAACCUUAAUAUCUUACAGAUGGUUUGAAUGAUAGAAUGAUUAGCGAUUAUGAAGUAAAAUUAUAUUAAUAUUAAGUUACUCUUUACUAUUUUUAUUAAUGUUUUAUUAAAAUGUGUUAAAUAUGAAAAAUAGAAAUAUAGUAAGGAGAAUAAUGAAAUUAAUUUAAAUGCAUUAAAAUCAAUUGAAAUAAGUUUAAUUGGAAUUGAAAGUUUAGGAAAUACAGAAUUAGAAUUAAUUAAAUAAAAUGAACCUAGUAAUGGAUAAGUAAAAUAAAAUGAAUCUUUAAAUGGUAAUCAAUAACAAAAAUAAAGUGAAUAGAUUAAGUAAAAUAUAUAUAAUAUAAAUUAGAAAUCUAAUUAUCAAUCAAAAAUUAGAAUAAUAUGUUUCUGAACCUCAAUUUCAUUAUUAUAGUGAUUGUAUAGUCAAAGCUUUAACAAAAGAGAAAGAGAUUAAGAAAGUUAAAUAAGAGUAUAUAUUAUAUACUCCUAGAGUAAUAAGUUUAAAUUAAUUUAUCUUAGGAUUAAAAUUCAUUGUUUUAUUUAAUAAGUUAUUAUCUACUUCAUUUGUUGAAUGUUCCAAAAUAACAUUGGUAAUAAUUAUAAUAAAUGGAAAUGGAUUAAAAAAUGAUAAAAUGCUUAAUUAGAAUGGCUAAAGAUUUUUCAUAUUUAGUGGCAAAUGUGUGA